GACGGUGCGCGUUCACGUCGACCAUCGGGAUUGCGUGUUGUUGAUAAAGAGGAGGAUGAAGAUGACUGCUUGCUGGGACCAGAGAUCCAAGAUGAUGACGAUGCCUUAACUUUUCAUCUUCGCCGCUUUUUCAAGUUCUGGACAUAUCCUGACGUGUUUUUUUUUUUACGCUUCUUUGAAGACUUGACUACGGUUGGGCUGUGACGUCAUGUGGACGCUGACUGAGGACGAGAGGUUGGGAGUGGCCAUCUUCACCUUCCGGAGCGGUGUCCCUCACUCCUUGACGUUGGAGCUCGGCGAGAGCGUUCACAUCUUGGAGAAAUGUGAAGGAUGGUUCCGAGGAUUCUCCGGCAGAAGGACAAAUGUCAAAGGAAUUUUCCCGUGUAGCUACAUUCACGUCAAGAAAUGCACCGUCACCAAUAAAGGACGGCGGCAUGAGUCGGCGGUGCCCGUCGAGGAUGCCACGGUGACCGAGGUGACGUCCACGCUUCACGAAUGGUCGUCGCUGUGGAAACAACUCUACGUGAAAGACAAGGUGGAUUUGUUCUUGAAAGUGGCUCACGUGAUGUCGGAGCUGAUGGAACUCAGGAGGCAACUGACGGUGUCCCAGCUCACGCCGGAACAGAAAGGAGACGUCAAAAGACACGUGACCGCCAGGCUGGACUGGGGGAACGAACAUUUGGGUUUGGACUUGGUGCCCAGAAAAGACUUUGAGAUGGUUGACGAAGAUCAGAUCAGCGUCGUCGAUCUUUACAAGAUGCAUCUCAGCAGCAGAAGCAACGUUCAACACAACUCUCAGAGGCGCGAUGGCACUGCUGUCGAGGCUUGGAGGGUGCCGGCGGCGCACCACCUGCUGGUCAGUCUGAAGAGUUUUACCAAUAACAACAUCGGUGAGGAAAGCGAUAUCUUCUUCUGGCUGUACGACUUCAGGGAAGCCAAAAGCAUCAGUGAAAAGUUUCUGGUGAGACUGGACAAAAACGGAGGGACAAAGAAUUCUGGCGACAUGGAGGGGCUGAGCGCUCUUUUCACGGAUUUGAGCAACAAAGACAUGAAGAGAGAUCUGUACAUCGUCUCGCAAGUCAUUCGCACAGGGCGAAUGUUGCUGAACGACCACAAGAAAGGUCCGGCUCACGUUCGAUACAGACGCCCUUACGCCUGCGCCGUUCUGGCCAUGAGUGAAGUCCUGCAAACCAUUUCCGAAACCAGAGAGGAGAAAGACUUUGUCCUCAAAUUCUACACGUGUAACAACGAGAGCGAAUGGUACCAAAUCCAUGAAAACAUCAUCCGUAAGUCCAGUGCCAAAUACUCAUCGCCUGGAAACAACUACGGUCUGCUCAUUUCCUUGCAGUUACUGCGCGGCGACCUGGAGGAAAUCCGGCGGCAAAACAAACGUAUGCGGUCCGGAGGCGUGGCCGUGACCCGCAAGCUCGCCUUCCCGGACGUCAUUGUGCCAGGAGAUGUGCGCAAUGACCUGUACUUGACACUGGAGAGAGGGGAGUUCGAGAGAGGAGGAAAAAGUGUGCAGAAGAACAUCGAAGUGGCCGUCUAUGUGCUCUAUGCUGAUGGAGAACCCGUUAAGGACUGCGUGAGCCCGGGUUGUGGCGAGCCUGAUGCGACUGAGCAUCGCUCCUUGGUGCUCUACCACAACAACGGCCCCAGAUGGAGCGAGAGCGUCAAAGUCGCCAUUCCUGUCGACCGAUUCCGAGGAUCUCACCUGCGCUUCGAGUUCCGCCAUUGCUCCACCAAGGACAAAGGAGACAAGAAACUCUUUGGUUUUUCCUUCACUCCUCUGAUGAGGGAAGAUGGGAGCACACUGACAGAUCAGAGCCACCAACUCUUUGUUUACAAGUGUGACGAGGACGGCGGCUUGCGAGAACCUGGCCUUUAUCUGGGACUGCCCUGUUGCAAAGAACACCCCGAUCCGGGCCUUCUGGACACGACCUUUCAGCGCAGCGCCAGGGAAAACUUCUGGAUCUCCACGCAACUGUCGUCCACCAAGCUCACCCAGAACGCGGACCUGCUGGCUCUGCUCAAGUGGAAAGCUCAUCCUGAGUGGGUCGGCGACAUUCUCGCUCGUGUACGCAAUGUAAACGGAGAGGAAAUCGUAAAGUUUCUUCAAGACAUUCUGGACACAUUGUUUUCUAUCCUGGAUGACAACACCGAUAAAUAUGGCCCGCUGGUCUUUCAGUCUCUGGUUUUUGUCAUCAAUUUGCUGAGGGACAGCAAAUAUUUCCAUUUCCGGGCAGUCAUGGACACGUACAUUCAAAAACACUUUGCUGGAGCGUUGGCCUACAAGGAGCUGAUCCGAUGUCUCAGGUGGUCUGUGGAGCGUUCCGCCGAGGCGCCGCGACAGGAUCACAUCCACGAUGUUGUGCGAGCUCUGGACUAUCUGUUCAAGUUCAUCGUUCAGUCCCGGAGCCUUUACUCGCGCGCCACCUGCGGAAUGGAGGAGGAACAGUUUCGCGCCAGCGUCCAGGAACUCUUUCAGUCCGUCCGCUCGGUUCUAAGUCUAGACCGGCCCAACUGUGAGACCCUCGUCUUUACUCAGGUGGCCAUUUUAAACUCUUUGCCCGCCGUCUUGGAUGAGCUACUGCACCUGUUUUCGGUCCGAGAAGUGGCGGAAUUGGCACGCGGUGCUUUGGCCAGUUUGCCGUCCUCGCUUCAUAUUUCAGGGCAUUCCGUGGACAACGUUAAGCUACGCUCCAUUGCUCGGACCGUGGACGGCGGCCUCUUUUCUUUUCCAGAGUCUCGAAGGAUCCUGCUCCCCGUAGUUCUUCAUCACAUUCAUCUGCACCUGAGGCAUCAGAAAGAGCUGCUCACGUGCUCUGGAAUUCUCACUUCUCUUUUCUCCAUCAUCAAGACCAGCUCCUUGGACGCGCCAGUGGCGGAGGAGGUGGAGAUGAUGGUGGAGUCACUGCUGGAUGUACUUCUACAGACACUGCUGUCAAUCAUGAGCAAGAGUCAAUCAAAGGAGGCGGUAAGAGGUCACCGCUGCCCGCAGUGCACCGCAGAUAUCUCUGGGGAGUUUGUGUCCUGCCUUCUAUCUCUCCUCCGUCACAUGACCGACGCUCACUUUCGACACCUGAUGGAGAACUUUCCCAGUAAAGAAGUGCUCAAGCAGGAGUUUAUGAUGAAGAUUUGGUGCGUGUUCCGAAACCUGAUGAAGCUGAGCAUUUUUCCACGAGACUGGAACGUGAUGAGACUCCUGACGAGCCACAUCAUCCUGACCACGGUGCAGCGUCUGGCACCCUUUCAGCUCAAGAACUUUGGAGGAGCUGACUUUGACUUUAAGGUGUGGAGCUCCUACUUCAGUCUGGCAGUUUUAUACAUCAACCAGCCCAGUUUGCAACUAGAGAACAUGAGUCCAUCAAAAAGGAAGAAGAUCUUUGACAAGUACGGUGAUAUGAGGGUGACCAUGACAUCCGAACUCUACAGCAUGUGGCAGAACCUGAACGAAAACAAGAUCCAUUUUAUUCCGGGGAUGAUCGGUCCAUUCCUGGGAGUUACGUUGGUUCCUCAGCCGGAGGUCAGGAAUAUCAUGAUACCCAUCUUCCACGACAUGAUGGACUGUGAGCAACGCAAAAACGGAAACUUUAAGCAGGUGGAGGCCGAGCUGAUCGACAAGCUGGAUGGUUUGGUUUCGGAAGGCAAAGGAGAUGAGAACUACAGAGAACUCUUCGGUUUGCUAACUCAACUAUUUGGGCCGUACCCCAGCCUCUUGGAAAAGAUUGAGCAGGAAACGUGGCGAGAGACGGGCAUCUCUUUCGUAACUUCUGUCACUCGACUGAUGGAGCGGCUCCUGGACUACAGGGAUUCUAUGAAAGGAGAUGAGACAGAGAACAAGAAGAUAGGCUGCACGGUCAAUCUCUUGAACUUCUACAAAUCGGAGAGCAACAAAGAGGAAAUGUACAUCCGCUACCUUCACAAACUGUGUGACAUGCAUCUGCAGGCAGACAACUACACCGAGGCGGCUUUCGCGCUAUUGUUGUAUUGGGAGUUGCUGCAUUGGGACGAGCGACCUAUCAAAGAUCUUCUGCAUUAUCCCGCUCAGUCAGAGUGGCACCGCAAAGAGGCGCUCUGCCGCAAGAUCAUCCACUAUUUCAACAAAGGAAAGUGUUGGGAGUUUGGGAUUCCUCUGUGCAGGGAAUUGGCCUUCCAGUACGAAUCCUUGUACGACUACCAGAGUCUCAGCUGGAUUAGGAAACUGGAGGCGGCAUAUUUUGAUCACAUCAUGGAACAACAACGUCUGGAACCGGAAUUCUUCAGGGUGGGAUUCUACGGAAGAAAAUUUCCCUUCUUCCUCAGGAACAAAGAAUUUGUGUGUCGCGGUCACGACUAUGAAAGACUUGAGGCCUUUCAGCAAAGGAUGCUGGGAGAGUUCCCCCAAGCCAUCGCCAUGCAGCAUCCAAACCAGCCUGAUGAAGCCAUUCUUCAGUGUGAUGCUCAAUACCUUCAGAUUUACGCCGUCACACCAGUUCCCGAAGCAGUCGCCAUCCUACAGUCGGACAGAGUCCCUGACAGAAUCAAGAGCUUUUACCGCGUCAACAACGUUCGCCGUUUCCGUCACGACCGACCUUUCCAUAAAGGACCCAAAGAUCGGGACAAUGAGUUCAAGAGUCUUUGGAUUGAGAGGACAACUUUGAUCCUUGCCCAUCCUUUACCCGGAAUUUCACGCUGGUUUGAGGUGGAAAAGAGAGAACUGGUGGAGGUGAGUCCGUUAGAAAAUGCCAUCAGUGUGGUGGAGAACAAGAAUCAGGAACUGCGCACCUUGAUCAGUCGCUAUCAGCUCAAGCAGCCGCACAACAACAUCAACCUUCUCAGCAUGACGCUCAACGGGGUCGUCGACGCCGCCGUCAAUGGCGGCAUUGCCAGAUACCAGGAGGCUUUCUUUGGCAAAGAUUACGUCGACAGCCACCCUCAGGACAGCGACAAGAUCGCGCAGCUGAAACAUCUGAUGCAAGAGCAGCUUCACAUCCUGGCGGUUGGCCUGGCUGUGCACGACAAGCUGGUGCAUCCUGAAAUGCGUCCCCUGCACAAGAAGCUGAUGGAUCACUUCCAGGUGAUGAAGAGUAGCCUCUGCCAAGGCCUGUGCGCUUCUGACCAAGCAAACCCCAGCAGAGGGACGGCCAGUCCCGAGAGCUUCAAAGUGCACCGACGCAGCGAGGCGGGAAAUGUGGGAAACCUGCUCAUCCUGGCUGACACCGAAGAGUUCUACGGUGUUCAGGCAACACGGUCCUCCACAGUACCCUCUCACUUCAUCAGCUCGGCUUUGUCGACACACAAAGAAAAAAGAAACAACAGAGAACUGUUGAUGCUGUUGCCACCGCAGCGAGAGCGGCCAAACAGCUUCAUGUACCAAAACUUCAUUGAGGGCGGACAGAGAGUGUUUCUCCAUCAGCUGACCGGUCCAACUUGUAAACCGUGCAGUGACCCCAACCUGUCAUUCACCGACAAAGUUGUCACGAGCACGCCCAGCAGUUGGAGUUUGGACAGUGGUAGCCGAGAAGUCGUCCCCGGUCUGUCCACUGGCGAUGUCGCGGCGCCUCCCGUUCCGCCGCGAAACGCCCCACCGCAAGGCCAACACCUGUCGAUGCACUAUGAUGCGCUCCACCACAGCGAACUCCCUCCUGCUCUCCCCCUGAGAAAGUCUCGCCCGCAGUAUACACUUGCCUCGCCCACCGGUCUGGCGAGCAUCCCGAAUGGCACUAACUAUGCCUCGUUGGACGGCGGGGGCUCUGGGGUCUGGUCUCCAAACCAAAGUAACUCAACAGACGCCUCUGAGUCAGCCGGCAACCGCACCAAGCGGGGGGACCCCUUCUCGCCUUUCCAGCGGCUAUGUUACAAUGUCUCGGACCUGCCGUUUCCGAGCCCCUCCACUCCCUGGCCUCGGCGCUCGGGCGAAGGACGCCCUCCGCGCUGCCGGCAUCUCCACUACAUCCCCGUGCACUCGCCUCUGGACCGGCCCUCCGAACCACCCCCCGCCAUGCCUUCUGUUAGAGAAGGACUCGUCCCAGAGGAAAACCACUGCGUACACAUGCCAGGUCACGGGUCACGACCGCCUAUUGCUGUCAUCGAGCGGGACCAAGCCAGAGCGCCGUGGACAUGUGGCAUCACUCAGGAGUGACGUCAUCUGCUCUUGUCUGAAAAGUGCUGUUUUGCGCCACCGCUGACGAUUGGCGAAUAUAGCCCCCCUCACUACAAUGCAUUGGAUGAGAUCAGCUAAAAUAACCUUCCAGAUUUCUUUGCCACAUAUGUGUAUCUGUUUGUGGAGGAUCAGGGUAAAUAUUUAUUGGGAAGUCAAGAUUUUUUAGCGCCGUGCACGCCGUGGUGAAUAAAAAUCUUUAACCUGUAGGAUCUCGGUCUCGUGUUCGGACGGACUUUUUCCUGUGCCCAGAACUGAGCACGGCUAGCUGGACCCUGGUGCCCUCGGACCGACUUUCCAUCAUCUGCCAGAAAUAGCGGCUGAUUGACUGCUUCAGCAGUGCUAGGUGAUUGGAAAAAGGAAGAGAAUCAUAAAAAGGAAAUCAGUUAAGACAAUACUGUACUAAGAGUGGAUGGGACUCCUCUUCAGCCCUGGAAUUUCAUGCCACAGACUGGCCCACUUUAUAUCAUGAUGUACUGUAUUAGAAUAAUGUAAUUGUCACAUACAUGUUAUGUACCAUGUUCUCUAAAGCCCUGUGAUUCCCCUUUAAAAACAAACAAAAAAAUCCAAUUCAGUGCAGGUAUUGGUUGUUUCACACUAUGGAUUAAUAUUUCAACUUGAAUGCAGAUCACCACCAUUAUUCUUUGCAAAAUAAUAUCCUUUUCAACAAAUUAAAAAAAAUAUGUAAAAUAAUACAUGAAAAAAAUAAAAGUAUUGAAAGCACUCCGAUGUUUUUCCUACACUGCAGCAAAAUGUGCAAAAAAUUAGUAGUGAUGUAGCUAAAAGCUGCUAUUUCACAAAUAGACUAUAUGAAUGUCCUUUUCUGCAACAGCAAUCUAAAGUCUAUGCAUCACCCUAAUUUGAACCCACUAGGCUGGAAGCACCUUGUAUAGCAGCAGCACCAUUGGUGUAUAAAUUAGUACAUGAACGGUUGAAUGCAUGCUAAUGUAAAGCGCUUUGGGUAUAGUAAAAAAACAAAAAACUAGAUAAAUGCCCUUUAAAAGUACUUUUAAUUUACCAUCAAAUACCUAGCAAAUUAAUGCUCACAGAUACCUAAUUCUUAAACAUAAACAUAUGUAGUUUCAAAGAAACAUGGCUAACCCUAAAAAAUUGAUAAAUAGCUGAGCAGUGCACUGGUCUCUGCAACUUUAUUUUCGUAUCAUUGAUCAAAAACAAGAGAAUUUUUUUUCUCAGUGUACAUGAGCAUGAAGUUUCUCAUGAAUCAAAGUGAGAAAGAAUCUUUGUGUGGGCAUACAAAAGAGCACUAUAUGCAAGAAAUGAGUCACUAAGUGAUAUGAACAGGCCAGUAUGGUGACAGUUGAUGAACACCGACAGAUCCUCGAUAUAUGAUAACGGACCGACAGAACGUUCUAAACUGACAUCAUGCCCGGCUGAAGCUGACAGAAGAUAAUCAGCGUUGCACCGACAACAAGAACCACAAACUCUUUUGCCCAAUCUGAUGACACACCUGGUCAACACCUGGACUGCCCACCCAAUCCGACUCCCUGCCUCCCGGCACCUCCAAAACGCUGAACAUUUCUGUCAGAAGUCGGCCUUUCUCUG